AUGACCGUGCGCUGGGCCGGUCCCGUGUUUCAAAAGUAUCACGUGCAGGCGGUGCUGGCCGGGGAUUCGCCCUGGCCCGACCGCAACCACUGCCUCUCCCCGGCCAACGGUGGCCACUGCACCGGCAAUCUGGCGGAUGAUCCUUGCAGG